GCAGAACGUUAGAAACAACGUCGUUUCAAGAAACUACCAAUAACUUCGCCAGAAGUGUUCAUUUUUGGACACCUGUGCCGCUUUGGGUUAUAAUUUAUAUUCUGAGUAUUUUUUUACAGCGAUUAGCCGUUUAAAUAUAUAUAACAUUCCGCUAACGUUAUGUCGGAGCGGACCAGUCGUUACGUCAUAUCUGCAGACGCCCAUUGUAACGUGCCCAUGGCGAUAUACUGGUGCACUGAAGACCUGGCCCACUGGAUUGAAAAAAUCGGGUAUCCUCAGUACAAGGAAUGCAUAACAUCAAACAGCAUCAGUGGGCGGCACCUGAUCUAUCUGGACGCCAGCGUCAUGCCAGACAUCGGUAUUACAGACUUCGUGCAUAUCAAGGUUGGUAUAGACAGACUGUCGGACAUCGGUAUUACAGACUUCGUGUAUAUUAAGGUCGGUAUAGAUAGACUGUCGGGCAUCGGUAUUACAGACUUCGUGCAUAUCAAGGAUAUUUGCGCACAAAUCCGGGAACUUCUCGGCCUUGGUGACCAGCUCUUGAACAUGCCUGUUGCGAUGCGCGACCCUAUGGUGGCUUACUUGGACUUCCGGCGUCGCACGGGUCAAACAACGCAAAGCACGUGCUACAAAGAAUUCGUGUACAAAUACCGGCGAUGGUUCAAGUAGACACCGGAAGUUUCGGCUCUAGGUUCCCGCAACAUGACUUCGUAUUUAUCAACCAUAUGCGUCGUUCUAUUUAUUUUAAAUGACUAUUUUUUUAAAAUCUUUUUCUACUUUAUCAUUGAAUAUAACUAAAAUAAAUAAAUAAUUACCUCUCCCAAAUGUUAAAUGAUUCAUUUACAUAUUAAGUUUGCAUGUUUGUGGUAUUGGUGAACUUAUAUUAAAGGAGAAUACAAG